CGUAUGCCCUAAUUCCGAAACCCUCUCAGGGGGUCUCUAAAGACCUCUGCCAUUCCCCGAAAUCUGCCUCUUUCACUUCCUUCGGUGCUGGAAUUGGGCCCUCCCCGUACAAGUCCCGGCUACUCCGAUCACGCGACCAUGAGCUUCCGGUUUCACCAGUACCAGGUGGUGGGUCGGGCCCUCCCAACUGCUACCAAUGAGACCCCCAAGGCAUACCGCAUGAAGUUGUGGGCGACGAAUGAAGUGCGCGCCAAGUCGAAGUUCUGGUACUUCUUGAGGAAAUUGCAAAAGGUCAAGAAGGCUCACGGGCAACUUCUAGCAAUCAAUGAGAUCUUCGAGAAGUAUCCAACUACCAUCAAGAACUACGGUAUAUGGGUGCGGUACCAGAGCCGAACCGGCUACCACAACAUGUACAAGGAAUACCGUGAUCUCACACUCAACGGAGCUGUUGAGCAGAUGUACGAUGAGAUGGCUUCACGUCAUCGGGUGCGCUUCCCUUGCAUCCAGAUCAUCAAGACUGCUACCAUUCCCGUUUCGCUGUGCAAGCGAGUGAACACUAAGCAGUUCCACAACUCGAAGAUCAAGUUUCCUUUGACCACCCGCAAGAUCCGACCACCAACCAGGAGUCUGAAGACCACAUACAAGGCGUCCAGGCCCAACACUUUUGUCUGAACAUUUGUUGAAUUUUUGGGGAUAUAUCUGCAUUCAGCCCCUUCUGGAAUUCAAAUCAGUAAAGCUGAGGAGGGUUUUCUCGACUUUUAAGUGUUCCUCUUU